GAAAGUCCAGAACAGGGUAUCCAUUCUAGCAGAAGGCAAACCGGGCGUCCGAGACUCGUAUCAGUACUUGCGGACGACUGGAUCGUGGCAAACUGGCCAAAACUUUUUGGGCAGUACGGGGCAAUUGUUUUUCUCUCCAGCUGGCGUGCAAAUUUGGACCUCCG